AUGUUUCAUAAUCGAGGAGCUGCUGCCCGCAAGAAGAAGGCUUCUCAAGGUGGAGAGGGCGAUGACUUAUCUGCUACAGAUCCACACCUCACCGAUCCGGGGCUUCUGCGGAAACAUACAACAUUCCGGCCGUACACCGUUCCUAGCACAGGCAUUACGUAUCCCAGAAUACGCACAUUCUAUCGGCCUCAUCCCUAUGCCAGCAAACUUCCAUCUCGCCCACGUUCCCUUCCGCUCUUGGUGUUCUGUCACGGGUUGGGUGGAUCCGUUGCUCAGUUUGCGCCACUCCUCACAUCACUCGUGAACCUAGGGCCAUGUCUUGCUAUCGAUCUGCCGGGCUGCGGUCGGUCUCAAUUCGCGCCGACCAAUUGGGAGGCAUAUGGAUGCCAUGCGCUGGCUGAAUUAGUGGCUACGGCCAUCCAUGAACACCUGGAUAUGGAGGUCCCCGAACAAGAUGACGCGUCUGACAGCGAUGCGGAAAUGGAACUAAUUGAUCUUGAUGAGCUACAGCUCAAGCCCAAGUCAACGACGCGAGAACCGCAGCAAAUUAUCUUAAUCGGUCACAGCAUGGGCACUUUCCAUCUUUCGCUUCUCGCAUCUGCUACCAGCCCUCUCUCAAGAGAGGCGUGUCAGCUCCGAUCUCGGAUCAUCGGUAUCAUACCGAUAUGCCCCGGGACAACCACGCCGUCUAAGAAGGUCACCAGGAUCGCGAAAGUGUUGCUUAACAUCCCGACACCGAUAUUCCAAGCAUGGCGGUCAAUCGACCAAAGGGGAGGACCCCAAAGCGCUAGUGUCCUCAGGUUCGCUGGCGAAGAUGCGGACGAGGAGACGCGACGCCUGCAGUGGCGAUACAACAUACAGAGCGUAUCGAAAGUAUGGAGACGAUAUGUAUGGGGUUUGCUUCCCAAGUACAUUGGCGUCGAAGCACAGGAGAACACGACGCCCGGCCGGAGGGUUUGGUCAGGUGUCAAAUGCCCCAUGCUCCUCGUUGCUGGCGAGCUCGAUUCGAUUACAAAGCCAACUGAGAUCCCCAAAAUCCUUGCAUUUCUGGGUAGAGAGGACGCCGUGGACUCACUGGGCCAGUGCAAAGAGCAACAAGAACAGAGCUCUACAUUCGAGAUACCUGACUCCGCCGCCCCUAUUGCUGCUCCACCGAUACCAACCGCGAACGACUCCGACGAUUCCCCCAACGCGAAACCUGCGUCGCCAGCCGCUGUAUCUUCUACACAGUACAUCGAGACGCACACUCUUGUCGGUGCACGACAUACUCUUCUCUACGCGACAACCACCCGACGCGCUCUUGCCGGUCUCAUCGCUACAUUCCUCCGACGACUCGACCCACGUCUGGACGCCGGCUGGCAGCUGCAGCAUCUUACCACUGAGGGCAAAUGGGACGUCAAAAACCUGGAGAAAUGGAGGCGAACUCCCGCCGUCAGCGGUGUCAUCGCGGGCCAGUUUCGCGCCAUGAAGGUACUGCGAGAGGUGGACGAGACGCACACGCCAGACACGUUUGCGGGGACAUACGGUCGGUCGGGUGGGCAGACGGGCGGGGUAGUGGUUGCAGUGGUGGACAUCAGCCAUGAGACCCCGCCGUAUCAGCCCCGCGGUCUCGAAGGGCGGGGCAUCAAAUACCAUAAAUUCCCCACGGUGUCGAAGCUCCAGCCAUCACGCGAGGAGGCCAAUGGUUUUUUCGCCGUCAUUGACGGCAUCAUCCAGGAGAUCGCCGCAUCCGACAGCGACAGCGAGACGAGCCUGAUCGCUGUGCACUGUCACUAUGGCUUCAAUCGGACCGGAUUCUUCCUGGUGAGUUAUAUGGUGGAACGACUUGGAUGGACGCUCGGCGAUGCAAUCGAGGUGUUCGCAAGGAUGCGCGCACCGGGGAUACGGCAUCAGCAUUUCCUAGACACGCUUUGGGUAAGGUACGGGCUCGGGGAGACCCGAGCGGGUUAG